AUUCAUCGUCUUUCAGACGACCUUGGGCAAUGUCAGAAGCGGUGUCGUCGUCUUCAGACACAGUUAUCGGAUCUGCAACGUGUUUUAGCUCAGACCAAGGAGGCUGAACGGAAAAUGAGCGAGCAAAAACGUGAUUUGGAGCGGCGAAUGAAAGCUGACGGAGAGGAGCUUCGUAGGUUCCGUACAGAAACCGCCCAUCGUGAGGCUCAGUUUACACAUGAUCGUCGGCGACUCGAGCGCGAAUUAUCCGGACUUCGACAACGCUUGACUCAGAUCCUUCCUCAUCCUUCUCUUGUUAUCACUAGACCUAUAUCUUCCACAAAUCGAACGGCUCAAGACCCGGUGGGCGAUAUAAAUCGGGCGGACAAGAAUAUGGGUAGCCGGAAAGGGAGACUCUCGUCUUCCAUGCUAUCUUUGAACUGCUCCAAUUUUUCUGGAAAAAUUCCACCAACUCUCAAUGAUCCGAGCUCUGGCAGGUCAACUGCAAUAACCCUAGUAGCUUCAAAUGAGGUACGCCGAUUCAACCGAGUAUCAAAUGCGGAAAGGCGUCAUAAAGAUCGAUCAGUUGGGCCCCCUAUCUCAUCAGCAUCCUUAAUCACAUCCGGACGAGUCAAUUGCCUUUUAUCUGCUUCAGAGACCGGCAUAGCUGCACUUCAUGGAGCUACAGGUUUUUCUGGCCCAAGGAAUGUAUCGCAUCCAUUAGUAGUCGCAACAUCAGGCUCUCUGGAGGCAGAGGUUAGGAAGUAA